AUUCUUCUCCAUCGAUACUGGCGGCUAUAAGAACUGAGGUUUGAGAUUCGGAGAAAGCUUUUCUCCAGUUGACAGGAGGGAAGAACGAGAACGAAGAGGUGAGGAGAGCCGUUGACGGGCGGCGUUCUUUUGGAAAAUAAAGCUUUACUGCCCUACCGACUGCCAAAUACUGCUUCAAAAUGCAGAAUGAAGAAGGUCAACUUGUGGAUCUUUACAUUCCCAGGAAAUGCUCUGCAACAAACCAAUUAAUUAACGCCAAGGAUCACGCAGCAGUCCAGAUUAACAUUGGUCAUUUGGACGAGCACGGAGUUUAUACUAGGACCUUUUCCACUUUCGCGCUUUCUGGAUUCAUCCGAGCUCAGGGAGAUGCGGACAGUGCUCUUGAUAGGCUGUGGCAGAAAAAGAAGGCUGAAAUUCGUCAGCAGUAGAGCGGGCAAGUAAUCAGUAGUAAUGGCUGCUGGCUUUUGGGUGUGUUUAUGCUAUUUUGUUCUCUCUUUAGAACCCGUUUUAUGAUUUAAAUAUUCAUGAUUGCGCAGCGGUUGUUCUUUUGAUCGUUUUUGUUCCCAGUUUGAAAUUUCGAUGCUUCCUGCUUGUUUGUUUUAGGACUGUGACAAGAAAUUA